UCAUCAUACACUUCAGUUGCAUGACUUGCAUUCUGCCUCGUUUUGCUGGUCUGGUUUCUGUCUUAAACUAAGCACUUGCUCAGAUGCUUUGCCGCGGAUUGCUGAGAUUUGGCAUGCACUUAGUGAUUCUUGUCUCCUUAACAAGAUUGUAAUGGAUCGAGAGGGUUAUGCUGCUCCAAAAAAAAAUUGAUCCAUUAUUGGCAACAAAUGGAGCAGGGUGCACAAUAUUCUUGCUGCCUAAUGGGCUUUGCCAGCAGACUGUUUUUGUUUCUUGAUGACUAUAAAUAGAGUGUGCUGCAAAGGUCUGAGCACCAACAUAUUGCAUCUGCUCUUCACUUUCUCUUCUGUUGCAAACAGAAACACGUCAUCACUUCAUCCAUUAGAAAAAUGGCUUGCCAUCAAAGAUCUGCAAGUUUGCCUUCUAUCUCUCACUCCAGUGGAGUAGAGGUUGAGCUGCAGAGCCUGAAAUCAUGCAUCUCUUCACCCUCUGCAACCAUUGGCACAAUGUGUAGUGGUUACGCAAGGCUUGGAGACAUCUACAAGUGCAUAGAGGAGAUCAUGGGCUUUCCCAGCAACCAAGUUGGUCUCUCCUCCCCACAAAACAAGAAAAUGGUGGAAGAGGAACUGGAAAGGUCCCUCAUGCUGAUCGAUCUCUGCAAUUCCAUGCAAGAGAAUAUAGCAGGGCUGAAAAUGAGUACCCAGGAGCUGCAACUGGUUCUCAAAAGAGGAGAUGAUGCGGCUGUUCAGCUCAAGGCCGAGUCUUUCAUUCGCCUCGCGAAGCAGGCACAGAAGCCUUUCAAGAAGAUCGCAAGCAGCAAAGCUAUUGCUGAGGAUUGCAGGCUGGUCAGGCUACUGGCGGAAGCCAGAGAGAUAUCUGUCUCUCUACUGGAGUCCACGUCGCAGCUGUUGCCGAAGCAGUUCGCCACCACCAAAGGAAGCAAAUGGUCUCUUGUCCAGAAAAGAAAGGUCAUUUGCGAGGAGGAACAGUUGCAGGUGCUAGAGCGAAGCGUGGGAGAUCUUGAGAACGGUUCAGAGCUUCUGUUCAGGAGAUUGAUCCAAAGCAGGGUUUCUCUCCUGAACAUUCUCAGCUCGUAGACACUCUCAGGCCUUGUUUCUCUAGCAUAUUGCGAUUGGCAUCCGCCUUUUAAAGGAUUCACCAGUCAUACAGAACCUUUGUAGCUUGCGUACAAUACCAAUGUACAUACAAAUGAUCAAUUGAUGAAAACAGUUUUAACCAUGUUCAGACCAUGACUUUACUAGGC